AUGGAUCCUCUUCUCCUGGUCGACAUAAACCGGAUCGGACUAGAAGAUACUCAACAGCUGGUGAAAGAAGCCUCGGGCACCGCAGAAGUUCAUCUUCAUGUUGCCGAUGUCUCACUUGCCGCAGAGGUUGAAUUGAUGGUGAAGACAUGUGUAGCGGUAUUUGGACGGAUUGACUUUGCCAUGAACAAUACAGGAAUUGCUCAGGGUGGGAAGAAAACUGCAGACACUCCGAUCGAGAUGUUUGACAGAUUGGCUAAUGUCAACGUGAAAGGCUGUUUCUACACGAGCACAAAGCAUGCUGUCUUGGUGCUGACUAGAGUGGACGCGAGGCAAUUUGCCCCUCAUCAAAUAAGAGUCAAUUCCAUAUGUCCGGGAUUUGUACCCACACCUUUGAUGAGCGGAGCUGGCAUGCCAGACUCGUUUUACGAAGCGGUCAAGUUGGAAAGUCCUCAAAACCGAAUGACAGCGCCUGAAGAGAUUGCGGAAGGUGUUGUAUUUCUUUCAGAAAGCCGGGCUGCAGGAAUUACGGGUAUAAAUUUGUCUGUAGAUUCUGGUGCUGCUUUGUACCACGCCUACUAG